AUGUCUAGCGGACCAAUCAGCACUCACAUUUUGGCUCGUGAUAAUGCUAUUGUGGAAUGGAGGAAGCUCAUGGGAGCUACUAAAGUGUUUAAAACUAUACAUGAUGACCCGGAUAGUAUUAGAGGAAAGUUUGGCUUAACGGACACCCGAAAUUCAACUCAUGGAUCAGAUUCUGAUGAAAAUGCUCUGAAGGAAAUGAAUUUUUUCUUUCCAGAGUUUGAUGUAGCAGACUGGUAUAAUGAAUGCGAGAAACAUUUUUUGACUGGUGAUAUUUAUUUUGAUGAAGAACAUGAUAUCCAUAGAUAUCGAUUGAAAUCAGAAGUGACAGAACAAAAUUCGAAUAAAGGUGCCAGCUAG